AUGUUCGUGUCUCGUGCCAUAGUCGACGAAAAUACAGACAAACAGGUUAUAUACGAGUUUGAGACCAAGAAUGGUGUAACUCGACCUGUCCGAUUCAAAGACUCCGAGGGCGACCAUGAAAUUAAACGGAAAUUAGCUAGGAAGGAAUAUAAAAUGGACUGGUUGCCACCACCUCCACCUCCACCACCUUUACCUGUUCCUCAAGUAAAUAAGCCUUUCACGUUCCCAAAAAUUCCCACAUUUAAAUUCAAAUUCGAAUAA